CGUUGCAGAAUAUUUUAAGGUAUUUAAGUCUGGAAAAAUAUCUGAAAAUGAAUGUUUUUGAUGCAAUGUACAAUACUUCGUCGCAAUCUACCUCAGGAUCCUGUUCAUACGCCUACGACAACAGAUCAAACCAACGUUUGGGACUGUGCUGGACUCUCGUACUUUGCUCAUUGUUGGUAGGACAAACACAUUCGCUUAAAACAGUAACAUCAUGGCAUCUGCUUUGCUGCCGAAACGUAAGCCAGGUCCAGAUGACAUGGACAUGGUGAAGGAAAAUAUAAGGGUUGAUGUUGUCUCUCGAGCUUACCAACUGUGCAAAGAAUAUUUGGAUGGUCCCUGGUCUCAGAUCUCAAUACACGAGUUUGAAAUCACUACCUUAGGGGGUGGUUUAACAAACAAACUGUACAUAUGUAAUUUGCCACCAAAGUACAGAUCAAAUGACAAUGACAGCUGUUAUCCAAACACAGUCCUUCUGCGACUCUAUGGUCUUAUCCUACAGGAUUUCAAAGCUCAAAUACAAGAAAGUGUUGUGUUUUCGAUUUUGGCUGAGAGAAAGGUUGGUCCCAAACUCUAUGCUGUGUUUCCUGGUGGACGACUUGAAGAAUUUUUACCAAGCCGUACCCUAAAAACUUCUGAUUUAUUUGAUCCAAGUACAUCUCGGCACAUUGCACAAAGGAUGGUUGAAUAUCAUUCCUUGCAAAUGCCAGUAAAGAAAGAACCAACUUUUAUUAUCUCCAAACUGUACACGUAUUUUGAAAAUGCGAAAAGUGCCGAGUUCUCGGAUGAGUACAAACAGUCACUCUACCUUAAACUAAUGGCAUGCAAUAUUGAAGCUGAAGUACAGUUUGUAACAAGAAUAAUAUCAAAGCAAGAUGUUGUUGUUUUCUGCCACAAUGACAUACAAGAAGGCAACUUAUUGCAGAGCAUACGUGAUGAUCAAAACAACCCUGUUCAAAUGAUUGACUUUGAAUACAGCAGUUACAACUAUCGGGGUUUUGACAUCGCCAACCACUUUUGUGAGUGGAUGUAUGACUACAGCUACUCUUCAUGGCCAUUUUUUAGUUACAAGUUUGAGCAUUAUGCUAACCAGCAACAACAGGCGAACCUUGUAGAAGUUUAUCUAGAAGAAAGCUAUAGAGUGCGCCCGUCAAGAAGAAGUGACCCAAAGUGGCAAAAAGCUUACAUAAUGGAUGAAAUAAAAAGGUUCUCUUUGUUGUCUCAUAUUUUCUGGGCCCUAUGGUCCGUGGUACAAGCUCAGAUCUCUGACAUUGGUUUCGGAUACAUGGAAUAUGCCUUGGCACGAAUGGAUGCUUUUUUUAAGCACAAAGAACUUGUAACUCAGAAGUAACAAUCCAAUGGUCAUGCAAAUUCUAAUGCACCAAAUAGUGUUACUUAUGUUUAGUUCAUUGCCUGAAGCGAAGAGUUGCUUCAAUUCAUUGUACUUACAUCUAUAUCAUAGGACAGAUCAUGAACUAAUGGUGCAUCCCUGUUUUGUGAAAAUGUACUUUUCAUUUAUAAUAUGUACAUUUCAAUUUUUUGGCCCCGAUUUAUGACCUAUUUCCUUUUACUGCCUUUAGUAUUGUUUGUAAAUCGCACUCUUUGUGGUCAAGUUUUAUUUUUUGUUUGUAAUUUUAACUAUGUACUUGUUCAAUUACUACUUCCUAUUCCAUACGUUUCUUGUGAUUGGAUUACUGAAUUUUGUACAUAAAUUCCUUAAAAUCUUAGUGCUGUUGCUUAAUAAGAUACACGACAUAUUUAUUUAACAAGCAAGUACAAAAAUAUAUAUUCCUUUUUUUAAAGCUAUUUUUAAGCCGUUCUUAACCAAAUGAUGCGCUAUAGUAUACAGUUGCUUUUUUUUUGAUGGAAUAAAUUCAUUCAAAUAUGAAUCA